AAAUCCUAAUCGCAUCCAUUUUCCUUAUCCAUUUCCCGCUAGCGCAUUGCUCACGCCUUCUUCCCCACUCUCUCCCUCUUCUUCUCCCUCCCUCGCCGAUCAACUUCCCAUGGAGAUAGUCCUCAAACACCCCUCCCUUUCCCCUCUCAAACUCCCCCUCAAUUUCCUCAUCUCCCCUCGUUCAAACGCUCUCCCCAUCACCCUCCCUUUCUCUGCCCAUCGCCGCCGCCGACUCCCUCCCGCUUUCCUUUUUACCACCUUCCAGAACCAAUACCCCUCAUCUCCCAUCAUAGAAACCAAAACAGAAACAGACCCACCGCCGGACGGCGACUACUACAGCGAAGUUAAUCGAAUCAUCGGCCGACGCACCGUCCGCACCCCAAUUUUCGCUGAAGACGGCUCUGUCUCAACAGCAAAAUCCACCGAAUACUUCAUCGAAUGGAAGGACGGACACACCCCUUCUUGGAUCCCCGCCACCGGAGUCGCGGCCGACGUUAUAGACGAAUACGAAACCCCCUGGUGGACCGCAGCCCGCAAAGCGGACACUGCUGCCCUUUCCCUUCUCCUUUCUGACGAAUCGGUCUCCCGCGAUCCCAACGCGGAGGACUCCGAUGGUCGCACCGCACUCCACUUCGUGGCUGGACUGGGGUCGGAGGAAUGCAUAAAGCUGUUGGUGGAGAUGGGGGCGGAUGUUGAUCAAAGGGAUGGAGCAGGACUAACGCCGCUGCAUAUGGCAGCGGGGGACGGGCGGGGCGGGGCCCGGGCCGGUGCCGUGCGGGUGUUGGUGGAGGUAGGGGCGAAUGCCGCGGUGGAGGAUGGGAGGGGGAGGACGGCGCUAGAUCUGGCGCGGGAGGUUUUGGGGGCGACGUCAAAAGGGGAUUUUGGGAGGCGGGUGGGAUUGGAGGCGGCAGUGGUGGAGGUUGAAAGGGCGGUAUAUGAAUGGGGGGAGGUGGAAAGAGGGAUUGAUUGGGUGAGGAAAGCGAGGGUGGGGGAGGAUUUGGUGGCUGAUUUUGAGGCUGGGUUGGAGUAUGGAGUGGCGGAGGGAGUGGUGGGAGAGAGGGAGGUGGAUGGGGGAGGGAAGGAAUAUCUGGUGAAGUGGAUGGAUAUUGAGGAGGCGACAUGGGAGCCGGAGGAAAAUGUGGAUGCGGAGCUUGUGCUGGAAUUCAAGAGGCAGAACAAACCGGAGGGAUUCUUGUUAGUUGUUGGUGUAUUGUUACGGGGUUCAGUUGUUCGUGUUAGUGACUGUAUUGAAGAACAGAUAUCUAUGAAGUUGAAGAGUGGAUCGUGUUGA